AUGACCAAACAACUCAUGUCCAUCAACGCCGUAGCCGUGCUCACCGGCGCGUUUCUUUCCGACACAUCCUCCCAACUCUUCCAUCAAUUUGUUCGCCUCUACCACUACGGCCACCUUGUGCUGCCGGGCCUCUCCCUCGCGACAUUGACUCUCUACGCGUCUGCCGGGGCGAUGACUCGGGGUACCGGGCGCCCGUGGGCCGUGUACGCGCUCGCGGGGACCCUGACGGUGGCCAUGAUCCCGUUUACAUGGGUGUUCAUGGUCCCGACCAACAACACGCUCUUCGAUCUCCACUUCAAGAGCCAAUCAGCGGGUGUGAUCGCCGGCAUAGACGAUGCCAAGGGUUUGCUUAGGAGGUGGAGCCUGCUGCAUCUGGCGAGAUCCCUGUUCCCGCUGACAGGGGCUGUGAUUGGGCUUUCUCGCCUCGUGAACGGUGACGCGCGAUAG